AUGAAUGUUGCUAAUGCCGACAGAGGGAAAAUAAUCUUCUCCAGGAAGGAGCCCCUCACUGAUGGUCCAGCACCAAGUGGACGCAGCACACGCACCUGGCCUGAUCCUCUGGACCAGGUGUUCAGCCUAAUGGCAGCCCAGAGUCGAGUGGUGAUGGCCUCUGUCCUGGUUUAUUUCAUCCAGCUUCCUGGAGCUGGAUGCCAGGAGAACUGUGUCAAUGCUGAACAUUGCCUGUCCACCGACUGGGUGCACCUUUGGUAUAUAUGGUUGCUGGUGGUGGUUGGUGCAUUGCUUCUCCUGUGCGGCCUGACUUCAGUGUGCUUCUGCUGCUGUCUGAGCCGUCCAGAAAAUGGGGAAGAUGGGACCCCGCCACCCUACGAAGUGACCGUCAUUGCUUUUGACCACGACAGCACUCUGCAGAGUACCAUCACGUCUCUUCAGUCUGUGUUUGGCCCUGCAGCUCGGAGAAUACUUGCAGUGACUCACGCACACAGCUCCCUGGGCCAGCUGCCCUCCUCUCUGGACGCACUUCCAGGCUACGAGGAAGCUCUUGGCAUGAGUCGCUUCACAGUGGCAAGGUGUGGGCAGAAAGCUCCCGACUUACCCUCAGUGCCAGAGGAAAAGCAGCUGCCUCCCACAGGGAGGGAUUCUCCUCAGAUAGAAACCCCCUCACACUGAUGACAACUUUGAUGGGAUUCCUAAUAACUGAGACAUCCUUAGAGCCCCCAGAUAAAUAGGAAGUCUUCUUUUGUACCACUCUGAAAGGUUCAGGAUAACAUCUGGGCAUAGUUCUGUCAACAAGGUAGGCUCUCACUCUCCAUUUACAAAGAUACACUUUUUCUAACACACAGUUUUCUAAUUGGAAUUCUAACUCCUUAUCCAAUGGACAAAGCUU